AUGAAUGUUAUCGUAGAAUUACAAGAGAUGAUGAGAUUGGCUGCUGUGGUUGUGAUCGCUUCUGCGGACUUCAUGGAUGGUACCUGUGUGUCUGGUGUUGAUCCAAUGGGAUUGGAGCAGUCUUGUUUAGGUCGUUGCCACAUUUACUACGAAGGAGACUACGGUGCUUGCAACCACAAAGUGGAGACUUGGGAGAUGGAUGGUCCUUGCGGUGAUUCUGUUGAGCGUCCUUGUCUCUCGACGUUUAAUGGGGGAUGGGAGGUGAAUAAAGAGAACUGUGGCAACUGUUACAAGGUGGACAUGAAGUACGACGACGGUACAGUCAAGACUACCUACUUGAGAACGCUUGAUACCAAUGGUUCCGAAACGAAAUUCGAGAUGGGUCAGGCCGCUUGGCUUAACUUGUGUCCUUACGUGUGUGCAGGAACUGGGGUUUGCGCUUACACUCCCGAUCAGUGCGAAUACGGAAUCAUUGGAGGGGAUAAGACGAUCAGUUGCGCAGUUCAGAACGCCCCGAUCACGUUCAAGAGGGUGGAUUGUGGCGGCAACAGUCCUGUGGUCACAACUACCCCAGCUCCAGUCGUCACGACCGCCCCGGCCCCGGUGGUCACGACCGCCGCGACCCCGGUGUUCCCGACCACCCCGGCCCAAGUGGUCACGACCACCCCGGCCCGGGUGGUCACUACUGCUGUCACCACACCUGCUCCGACAACCGGCAACAGCAACGGAGGAGGCGAUGUGGUCUCGGGGUGUGUGACUGCCAUCCAUGCUACGCAGGACUGCUGGACUGAAACUUGUCAAGGAUACUGCGCCCUGUACGGCCCAGGCGGUGAGUUGAACCUGUGGUGUGGCGCUGCUGUGUCAAGCUCCAGUGAUCUAAUCAAAUGCAUCAGCAGCCAGCAGCCUUUCUGCUUGUAG